AUGGGUAUAUUUUUGAGAAUUAAGUGCAACACGUCUUUUCCAAACUCCGAGCUGAAUACCAAAAUAGUUGAGACUGUGAAGACCAAGGGGCGCCAAGUCCACAAGUACCUGCCCCUGUCAACCCCGAUUUGCAGCAGGCCCCGGCCACUGAAAGUCCAUCGACACAGGUGUGUCCAGCGCGCGUCGUCAAUUUACUUGCCAACCAAAAAGUUGCGCGCGGUCAACCUCCCCAACAACACCUCACCCCAAGAUAAACACGGCCACGAUCUGGUCCACAACGUCCCUUCAUUCUCACCCGAGUCACUCGUGCUGAAGACCCAGAUCGGGAUGCUCCAUCUCGAAUUUUAA